AUGGCACAACAAAUGGAAGUUGACUUUGACGUUCCCAAGUUCCUUUACGGAGAAAGACAAAAAGUUCCUAGUGAGCUCCAACGUUACUACACUACAUUCGAAGAACUAUAUGAAAGAAAAUUAUGGCAUCAGCUGACACUUUCGAUACUCGAAUUCUUCAAAGAACCGAAUUCAGCACCUCAUCAGAUUUCCCUGUUUCAAAACUUCGUAGCCGAAUGGGAGGAUAAAAUCAAUAAAUUGUCACUCGUAUCAAUCGCACUUCAAGCUGCUAAACAAUUUUCUGAUCUGAAUGAGUCCGUCAACUUUUUAAACGGCAUUAUCGAAAAAGUCGACACACCAGAAACAAAAGAUGUAUAUGUACUCGCUCUCAUGGAAUCAGCACAAUUCAAGUUAAGAUUGAAUCAGACCGAAGAUGUUAAAAAAGCUAUGGAUGAGUCAGAGAAAAUUUUAGACGGCUUUGAUAGUGUUGAAACUGUCAUUCAUGCCAGUUUCUAUCGUGUCAGUGCUGAAUACUAUAAAGUCAAGGCCGAUUAUGCCCAUUAUUACAGAAGCACAUUAUUGUAUCUAGCCUGUGUGAACAUUGAAGAUUUGGCAGACAAGGAACGACUUGAAAGAGCUUAUGAUCUUUCGCUUGCUGCAUUGAUGGGAGACAAUAUCUAUAAUUUUGGUGAACUUCUAAUGCACCCUAUACUUGACUCACUAAAAGACACUGAACACGACUGGCUUCGAUCACUUUUAUUUGCAUUCAACAGUGGCGAUAUUGGUAAAUUCGAAGCUCUCGUUCCGCAUUUCAACAAACAACCUUUACUUGAACAAAAUCAAGCUGCACUCAGAAGGAAGAUUUGUUUAAUGUCACUCAUUGAAGCUGUAUUCAAACGCUCUACAGACAACCGUUGUAUUCCCUUCUCAGAAAUUGCAGCCGAAACACGACUUUCAGCGGAUGAAGUAGAGCAUUUGGUGAUGAAAGCAUUGUCCUUGAAUUUGAUCCGCGGUUCAAUCGAUCAAGUUGAUCAAAUGGUUGUGAUAACUUGGGUACAACCUCGUGUUUUGGAUAAAGGACAGAUUGACGGCAUGAAACAGAAACUUGAAGAAUGGGAUAACCAAGUGAAGAAAAUUGCAUCAUUUGUAGGAGAGCAAGGCGGGGAAGUUUUUGCUCAGUAG